AUGGCCAAAAGCUGCCAACUCAUGGCCCCUCAGCUGGCCGAUCUCUUCCACAAAAGAGCGGACAAGAUAUGGCAGACAAACUCUGCCUCGGAAGAACUCCACUCGCGGGCCGUGGUGCUGUCAGCCGGCGGCUUCGCCUUCAACCCGAAGAUGCGAGAGGAGCACCUUCCCGAGUUCUCCACAGUCGCGCCUCUGGGGACUCAAGGCGACGACGGCUCCGGGAUCGACAUUGGAGUCGCGGCCGGGGGUUCGGUGUCGAAAAUGGGCAACAUGUCUGCAUGGCGAUUCCUGUACCCACCCACGGCCUUGCUCGAGGGAGUCGUCGUGUCUCAGGAGGGCAGGCGCUUCGUCGCCGAGGACGUCUACGGCGCGGCGCUCAGCGAUAUCAUGGUCCGGAGACAUCAAGCGAAAGGAUUCUUGAUCCUUGACUCGCGUCAGUGGGCGAAAGCCAGGGACCAAGUGUUCAUGCAAACAAACUUCCCUCUGUUGGUUCAACGACUCCACUGGCUUUACUGGGGUUACAAGAAGGCAAGCUCGUUGGAGCUGCUCGCCGACAAGUUCGGCAUCUCGGCGGAAGCGCUGAAAACCACGGUCGCGAGCUACAAUCAGGCCAUACGUGUCUCCAAGGGGCAGGAAGAUCUCAUGCGUAAGGCGCCGGAGUACUGCACACCCUUGUCGGAGCCUCCGUACUACGGGAUCGAUAUCUCGACUGGUGUUGGAGGCAUUCAGGCGGUCAACGGAUUGACACUUGGCGGCCUGCGCGUUGAUGGAGAGACCGGCCUGGUCUUGACAGGGACAAGUGAAGUAAUACCCGGCUUGUAUGCGGCUGGAAGAAACGCAGUUGGUGUUUGCGCCAACGGUUACGUGAGCGGAUUGUCAAUCGCCGACGGAGUAUUUUCCGGGAAGCGAGCAGGUGAGCAUGCGGCACAACAAGCGAGGAGGACCAACGGAGCGUAG